GCACAGGUUCAUGGGGACAGAUGCGCUGCAUCCGACGUGCUAAAGGAGUUGAUGGAUGUGAUUGCAGAGCCAUUGGCCGUUAUCUUUGAAAAUCCAUGGCAAUCUGGGGAAGUUCCUGGAUGGCUGGAAAAAGGGAAGGAGGAGGAUCUGGGAAACUACAGGCCAGUCAGCCUCAUCUCAGUCCCUGGAAAAAUCAUGGAGCAGGUCCUCAGGGAAUCAGUUUUGAAGCACGUAGAGGAGAAGAAAGUGGUCAGGAACAGUCAGCAUGAAUUCACCAAGAGUACUGAAACCCCCUGGAGGAGGCUCUAGUAAUCUGUUUGGGAACACAGAAGAAGUUUCCUCUUCCAGCAGACCACACAGAAUGGCAUCUAGCAUCUUUGGAGCAGCUGAGGAACCUCAGAACUUUCCAAAAAGAACAUACCCUCCAGGGGGGAAAGGAAGUGGUAUCUUUGAGGAUCCUAGCCCUGUCCAGUCUCGUCAACGCAUGAAUCCGCCUGGUGGGAAGACAAGUGAUAUCUUUGGAUCUCCCGUACCGGCCAGCCCUGUUCGAGCACACCCAAACAAACCCCAGGAUCACAUUGUCUUACAAGAGGCAGGAGAUGCAUCAAAGGAACUGAAAGCUACAGAAAACAACAAACCACAGAUGGAAGACAGAGGCGAGAAGAGAGAUCUUGGGAAAGAAGAGCCAGGCCCCAAGAUAGAUGAUCAUGAACCCAGACUGGGACCAAGGCCACGGUCACACAACAAAGUCCUCAAUCCCCCUGGUGGCAAAUCCAGCAUUGCAUUCUAUUAGGAACAUUCACUUUCACUAAUGGAGUCAGCACAGAAACUUUAUCUAUAGGUCCUGAGGUUUGUUUUCGGAUGCUUUAGGCAGGAGGAUGGGGACUUUAGUGACUCAUCUAAUCCAAAUGGAAGACAUCUUGAUGUUCAAGACUUCUGUAAGACCUGUUAGUUAUGAUGCUUAUGGAAAUAACUGAAGACUCUUAUGUGCUAGACAGUGCAGGAUUCAGUGGGACAGUAGCUUAGAUGGGUGCAAGAGGAGUGUUCCUUUGUGGUGGGCAAUUAAAAAAAAAAAAAAACUCUUAAUCUUGCAGUCAGUUAGUAGCUCAGACUUUUGGACCGAAGCAUUUAGGUACAGUCAGUAUGGUGAAAUUCUAUCCCAGUGGAUGGGGACUUGGAUGCCAGGCCUGGCAUCUGUCUAAAUUGAGCCUAACAGGAGCUAAUGCUCUUCUAGGCAGUGUAUCCUAACCUUAAGAAGCAAAAAAUUUAUCUGCAACCAUUUUAAUAUAAACAUGAUCCAUUCUAAGUGGUGGUGUUGGGAUCUGAAGAGUUCUGCUUAGUCCUUGGCCAUAAGAGACGACUUCCUCCCCAGGUUUAUUAUGUUCAAACUCUCAUUGUUCUGUGGCAGUCUCGCAAGCCAUCAAGUUGUAUAAAGUUUUGGAGCACUUCAGUAAUAGUCUGUACUGAUAUUUGCUCGACAAAGAGAAAAAUUAUAGUUUAGUGUACUGUCUCAUCCAGGCACUCCUAGAAAGAUCUUAUUUCACUGAUGUCAUGCAAGGGUGCCUCCAGCUUUCCUGGUAGGGAGGGGAGUGAUUUGAGUACACAGUUGCAUCUAUUGAAAGAACUCUGACAAACUACAGUAGUGUAUAAUUGGAUUCUGGAAACUGUCCCAGGACAUCUCUAGUGAGCCAGCUUUAAUGUCCCAUCACCAACCUCUAAAAGCCCUCAUGUACCGAUGCUUUAGCUUUUGCAGGGUUCCCCUUCCCUCCCCGCUGCCAUGGAGAAAUAAUGGACUGCUUUGCUUGUAUCCUCCAGUAGCUUUGUUUUUUGUUUCUAUGCUGACUCUGUUAGUGAAACCUCUGUUUUGUUAGCCAUGGGUUGCCUUUGACUGCCUGUUAUUCCUUGGUAGUGUGGACGAUCCAAGUUGCUCAUCCACACAUACUCGUGUAGCUAUUUUAAGACUGUUAAUCCCUGUUCAUCUGCUUGGGACAGUCUAGGGAUCACUGCAAUAUUCUUCCGGCACAGUGACUGUUUUGAAUUAUGUUUGCAAGAAUGUGCAUUGUUCUCUCCUAAUUAGUUAUGUGGGUUUGGGGGUGGGGGGUUGAAAGAGGGCUCUUAAAUGUCAGUUAAUUCUGACUGGACUUUCCUCAAACAUAUCAAAUACUGAUACUCUGAUAACACUAGGUGCUUAGACUGUUGGCCACUUGUAAUAGUGUUGGUUGUUAGUUUGUGUGGUUUUUUUUUUGUUUUAGUUUUUUUUAAACUACCUAACUCAUUACAUACAGGAGUUGUUCAGGUCCACCAAAGACCAAGUGGCCUUAUCUACACAAUGGCUCCACAUACCAGUAGCUGUUCUUGCCCAGGUUCACUGAAAACUAUUUCUGUGACAAACUGUUCAGAAGAGCUAUUUCUUAACUAGAUGCUACAACAGCUUAGAGGUCAUAGUGAUUGUUAAAGUGCCCAGCAAAGAUGAAUGACUGACUGUACCACAGAGACUCACAGCUGCCUUUUAACUUAUGGAAGUGAAAAUCCCCUUUUACAGGGUGGAAGUGGCAGGAAGCUUAAUGCCUCCUGUGCCUCUUCCACAGGAGGCUUGGCGCUCCUGCUGCUGGCCGCCUCUAACUGUAUGAGGAUGGUGAUCAUGAUUGAGGGAGUGUGAUCCCAAUACAUCUGUUUUUUAGAUUCAUAUUCCCCCCCAGUGUAGCAGUUUCCUAGUUGCUAUUCCUAUUUUGCUUAUUUGGUUAAGUCUAUAAAGGAUCUUCUGUCCCCUCCUGCUAUUUUAGUGUUUAAAUUUGCUUUCCAGUACAUGCUAGGCUUUUCCUGGGAUUAGCAAGUAGGAAAGGCCAACCAGUCUGCCUUUCUGCCUUCAGCUUUUGUAUUGAAGAGUUUGUGGGCAAGUCAGUGAGCUUAGAUUCAAAGCUUGAUAUCUUAUAGACUAACAGGAGCUGAAAUAUUGUUUUAAACAGCAGUUUCCAGCUAAGUCUUAAACUACUAUGGACUUCUGUCUGCAUGUGUUGGCUAGCAUUUCCCUCAUUGGCAUACACUCUGCUCAGUGUCUCCAAGUUUUAAGUUUGAUAAGGACACUUAUUAUUUUUUUUUUUUUUUUACACACACGGGCAACAGGGGAAUGGAACUUGUAUUAAUGGUUAAAUCAUGGACUCCUCAAUAAACCACAGUAUUUUGUUACUUCA